AUGUUCGCGAAGCUGAAGAAGAAGAUCGCGGAGGAGGCAGCGACCGCGCCCCGGGCCGGCCCCGCGCGGCUGCCGCGCUCGCUCAGCAGAGAGUCCGUCACCUCCGCGGGCGCGGACUCCGGGGAUGACUUCGCUUCAGAUGGGAGCAGCUCUAGGGAGGAUCUUUCAUCCCAGUUGUUCAGACGAAAUGAACAAGUGAGGAAACUGGAGGUCAAGCUGUCUGAUUAUGCUGAUCAGAUCCGAAACCUGCAGAAGAUAAAAGAGAAGCUUGAAAAUGCAUUAGAAAAACAUCAGGAUUCCUCCAUGAGGAAGUUCCAGGAGCAGAAUGAAGCUCACCAGGCCAGUCGAGCCAAGAUGGCUGAGGGAAUGGCCUUGGCCUUGGAAAAAAAGGACCAGGAGUGGAUGGAAAAACUGGGUCAAGUUGAAAAGGAAAAAAAAAUGCUUGAAACCCAGUUACAAGAAAUGAGGGAGCAGAGUUUGAACUUCUUUCAAAAAAGAGAUGAAAUUGAUGAACUGGAGGGCUUUCAACAGCAGGAAAUUGCCAAAGUUAAACACAUGCUUUUGAAAAAGGAAGAAUCUCUGAGCAAAACAGAGCAGGAGCUGGAGUCGUGCACCCGGGAGCUGAGCCACACCAGGGAGGUGCUGCAAGACAUGGGCAGUGAGUCUGCAGCCCUCAGGAAGGAUCUGCAGGAGCUGCAGCAGCAGUUCUUGGAGCUGGAGGCACAGAGAGAUGAACUAAUGACAGCUGAGACAAAUGCAGAAAAUAAGAUCACUGCUCUGGAAUUAAGAGAACAGGAGCUACAAACAGUCAUUCAGCAGCUUUCUGUAGAUUUACAAAAUGCUCAAGUUGCUGGUUCUGGUUGUGAGAAGAGACUGGAAAUGUUACAGGCAGAGCAUCAAUCUCUGAAGGUGGAAUAUGAACAGCACAGGCAAAAGAUGACUUUGGAAUUAGCUGAGAGAAAUGAACUGACAGAACAGCUGCAGGAAAAGGUGUCUUCCUUGGAAAAGAAGCUAGAAAGAAAUCUUUCAGGGGAUGAACAUGUGCAGGAGCUACUCAAAGAGAAAACUGCUCUUGAGCAGAAACUGGAUGAAACCAGGCAGCAGGUACUGACAGACAGGACCCGUCACACUGAGGCUGUGAACUGCUUGGAAACACAGAAUAAAGAACUGGAACAGAAACUACAGAUUGCAACAGAAGCACUGAAAAAGAGCAAAGAAGCAGCUGCUGAGCGGGAUCUGAAGAUCCAGAAAUUGCAAACUGAUCUAGAGGAUGAAAGAAGUAAACAGCAGCAGAUUUUAAGUGAGAAGCAUCAGUGUGAUCAGAAGGUUACUGGGCUGGAGUCUCAAAUUGCUGCUGUUAAAGCAGCUUGGGAAUUUGAUAGAACAGCUGCUCAGAGCAAGAUCAGUCAUUUGGAAAAGGAAAAUGAAAAUUUUAAUGUAAUCAGAGAAGAGUAUGAGAGCUCUCUGAAAGAACAAGAGUCUGAAUUGCACAGGCUCAAGAACGAGUUGAGCAGCAGAGAGACCGUCAGCGUCGAGAUCGCCAAAGCGCUGGAGGAGACACGCAGACAGAGAGAGGAGCUGCAGCAGCAGGUUUCACAUCUUGCUUCCCUGAUAAAGGAAAAAGAGCAGCUGAUUGAUGAAAAAAGUGAUAUACUUCUAAAACAGAAAGAAGAACUAAACCAACUCAGUCAAGAUCAUGAAGCUGUCUUGCUGCAGGUGCACCAGUUGCAGUCUGACCUAGAAGCAAGCAACAGCCAAGCAGUGGAGAGGGAAGAAAUGGCAAGAAAGGAAAUAGAGGAACUGAAGCUGCAGAUACAGGAGGGCCUGUUGGCCAGAGAACAUGACAAAAAUAUUUCAGAUCUAGAGGAAUCUAGAGCCUUGAGCAAGCAUUUCCACUCUCCAGAAGACCAUGUGGUGGAACAGAAUGGAGAGGUAGCAGCUGCAGAUGUCAGUCAGCUUCAGAAGGACAACAGAGAGCUGGAACAGCAAAUUGCUGAGAAAAACAAGAUGAUAAAGCAGCUACAGCAAAGAAUGACAGAACUCAAGAAAACCCUCCAGAAAGAGCUGAAAAUAAGGCCUGACAUUGAUGUUCCUGAAGUUCGUGAAAAAGCAAAUUCUGAAGUGCCUAAUGCUUCUGUGACUGUCACAAACAACUCUGAUUUAAAUGACUCAAGGGAGAUAAACUUCGAAUACCUUAAACAUGUUGUACUAAAAUUCAUGUCCUGCCGGGAAUCUGAGGCAUUCCAUCUAAUUAAAGCUGUGUCUGUGUUGCUGAAUUUUUCACAAGAGGAAGAAAACAUGCUUAAAGAAACUUUGGAGUACAAGAUGUCGUGGUUCGGGUCCAAGCCAUCUCCCAAGGGCAGCAUCCGGCCCUCCAUCUCCAGCCCAAGGACACUGUGGCCUUAA